AUUUAUGCAAAAAAGUGAUCAAAAUAAAAAUUCAGGUUGUUUAUGUUUUGGGAAGAAACAAAAGGGAGAAUUUCCAAAGACUUUUAAGAAAUCUGGAAAAAUUCUAAAAAAAUAUAAGGAUAAUAGUUUGGAUGUAUUAGUUUUACAUUUCUUUAGAUUUCAGAUGAUGUCAUUUUAGAAGUGAUGAUUAGAUUAUAUAUAUCUGAGAACAAAGGGAAAGCUAUUGAAAUGCUUUAAAGAUGCCGUAUCAAUCCAAACUUUGAAUCUAAUCUUAUAAGAAAUGAUUUGGAAUAUUUUAUCCCAUAACUAAUAAAUUUCUUAGUGUUUCAUUAAUAACUUUCAGAUGAAAGAUUGAUCUCAUUCAUUAAUAAAGCUUCGCAAAUAGACUUUUUUUUUGCUCAUCUGGUUUACUUCCAAUUAAAAAGUUUAUCAUAGAUUGUUGCUCAUAAUAAUAAAGUUGAACUUAAGAUAGUUUAAAAGUUUGUUUAAGAAUUUGAAGAAAAAAUGUCAGAAAAUUAUUAAGGCAAUUUAUUAAUAGCAACAUAAUUCUUAAAGCUUCAUCUUGAAGAUUCUUUAAAAAGUUCUUCUCUAUAAAAAUCCAUAUAUUCUUUACCUAGUAAAAAAAUUAGACAAGAGGUUUAUCAAGGAUCUAUAAGAGUAAAAUCAUUUAAAUAAAAUGAAAUAGUAUAACUUUAUGGAACAAGUGAAUGGGAAAAAGAAAUAUCUAAUAAAAGUCCUUCUUAAUAUUUAUUAAGAAAUUAUGAAGAUAUUCAAUUAGAAGAUUAUAGAUCUAUAUUUUAAAAUGGCUAAGACUUUGAAUCUAUUGAUGCGGCAUUCUAAUCCAAUAUAAAUUUCUGGAAUGAUAUAACUGAAAUUUGCAAUGAAUUGUCUAAAUCUAAUUCAAAGACUUUAUAUUUAUAGAGUUUAUUAAAUAAAAUGAAUGCUAAUUUGCCUGCUGCUGUUUAUGUACCAUUUGUUAAGAAUUCAAUUAGAAAUUAUGCUGUUUUAAAUAUAGUAUCUAAAGAAAGUCGAGUAUUUUCGACAAAAAUGAGAAGUCCAUAUAGUUUAACACUUGAAAUAUACAGACCUGAAAUUGAAGUGAAUUAUAAUGAAUAAGAAUUUUUAGAUAAAUAAAUGUCCUAAGCUAUAAAAACUAAUGUAAAUUAUGAUCUCAUUUUAUUAGAUGAUAAAAAAUAAUGGAAAUUAUCAAAGUUAAAUAAUAAUUCAAUAAGAAUAAAACUCUUAGGUUAAUAGAACCUUCUCUUCUGCAGAAGCUCAAAAUGCAUUUAAUAAUGAAUUCAAAAGUAUUAAAUUCAAUUAAUUUAAUUAUUAAACUAACGAAUAAGAAUCAGAUGGAAUAGGGUUAUUUUAUAAUAACCGACAGACUAAUAACAUUUAUUAAGAUUCCUAUUAAAUUAACGAUACUAAUGAAAUGAUAGAUUAAUAGUCUAUUAACUAAAAUCAAUAAAUUUCUAAUUAAACUGAUAAUUAAUCAAAUGAAGAAUCUAAUGAAUAAAAUAAAAUUUUACAAAAAUCCUAAUAAUUAGAAUAGAGUAAACUAGAAAUAAGUUCAUUUAAUAGUAGAGUAAGUUAUUUGUAAGAUGGAAAAGGAUUAGUAUUAACUGAAGAACAAUAUUUAGAAAUUAAAUAAGCUAUAUUUGGUGAAAAUUCUUUAGCUUAAUAAAAUAGAAUUAAAAUGUAAAGUCCUUUUUAAACUUUAAAAUCUUGGAAAUUAGUUCAUUUAAUUAUUAAAACAGGAGAUAAUUUAAAGUAAGAACAAUUUGCUUUAUAACUAAUUUGUUAAUUUGAUUAAAUAUUUAAAAAAGAGGGAUUACCAUUAUAAUUAAGAUAUUAUGAAGUAUUAUCAUUAGGACCUGAUUGUGGAAUAAUUGAAAUGGUCAAAAAUGCAACAACUAUUGAUAGUUUAUAAAAGAAUCUUCAAAAGAAAUUUACUUAAUUUAGUGAUUUUUCUGAUUUUUUUAGAUCAUUUUUUAGAAACAAUAUUGAAUAAGCAUUACAAAAUUAUGUUUAAUCACUUGUAGCAUAUUGUUUAGUUUGUUAUUUUUUAUAGGUUAAAGAUAGACAUAAUGGAAAUAUUUUAUUAGAUGAUGAAGGUCAUUUGAUACAUAUUGAUUUUGGAUUUUUUUUAUCAAUAGCACCUGGUAAAGGAAUGGAAUUUGAAGGAAAAGUACCAUUUAAAUUAUUAUCAGAUUAUAUAAAAGUAUUAGGAGGUGUGAAAGGAACAUUAUUUUAAGAUCAUUUUAGAAAGCUAUUUUAUAAGUUUAUUAUAUUUUAAUUAUUAGAGGAUUUAAAGCUUGUUAAAAACAUUAAAAUGAAAUAUUAUUAUUGGUAGAUAUGAUGUUUACUGGUCAUGGUACAACACUACCUUGUUUUUAAAAAGGAGAAGUUGCUUUAAAAGAAUUAGAAAAUAGAUUUAAUCCAAGGGUAGCAUCUGAUGCUGAAUUAUAUGUUUAUGUUUAAGAAUUGAUUAAUAAAUCAUUAGAUAAUUGGAGAGCUAGAUGGUAUUUAUAUUUAUAAUAUUUUAGGUAUGAUAAAUUUUAAUAUUUUGCAUAAGGAAUAUUUUAUUGAAAUUAUUUGAAGC